GCACCCGGGCGGGGAGCCCCGAGGGGACGCACGGACCGCAGCGAGGGCGGUGGCGGCGGGCGGGCCCGCGAGGAGGCGGCGGCAGACGGAAGAGGCGGCAGGCGAUGGCCGGGGCGCUGCUGCGCGGCGGGGUGCGCCGUUUCCCCUGGCUCUGCAACGUGCUGCUGUACGGCGGGCUCUUCGCGGCGGGCGACGCGGCCCAGCAGCUGUGGCGGCGGCGGGGGCAGCCGCCCGACUGGGCGCAGACGCGGCGAGUGGCGCUGGUGGCUCUCGCCUUCCACGGCAACUUCAGCUAUGUCUGGCUGCGGGCGCUGGAGCGGGCGCUACCCGGCCGCCGCCCGCCCGCCGUCCUCGGCAAGGUGCUCUGCGACCAGCUCCUCGGCGCGCCCGUCGCCGUCCUCGCCUUUUACACGGGUAUGAGCAUCCUUCAGAAGAAAGAGGACAUCUUUUCAGACUGUAGAAAGAAAUUUUGGAAUACAUAUAAGACGGGACUGAUGUACUGGCCUUUUGUGCAGCUGUCAAACUUCAUUUUUGUGCCUGUUUACCUGCGAACAGCUUAUACUGGGCUCUGUGGUUUUGUCUGGGCUGCCUUCAUUUGCUUUUCCCAACAGAGUGGAGAUGGCACAGCAAAGUCAGCACUUAUGUGGCUUAAAAGAGAAGAGGUUAAUGCAGAUGAAGAUUCAUCAGAGAAAUAAGAACUUUAGUUAUGAACACAGUCUAAAUUGUUAAACUGAGUUUAUGAAAGUCUGUAAACUGCACUGCAGCCUCAUUGCUGUGUUUAAAAUAACCAGUCAUCUCAACAUUUGUUGGUUAGUAUAAGCACUGGAACAGUUUGUCUUUGUGCCUGUUUAUUUUUCAUAAAAGAGGCCAAUUGUAUAUUGGCAUUUAAUUAUUUUCAUGCUGCCAGCCCAUCUCUUCUGGGAACAAAUGCCUUACAGGGCAAUGUAAGCGUUUGCACAUCAUGUUGGACCUACUCACCGGGGAGAAAUGUUAACUAAUUAAAUUUGCAAGCAACUUGGAAUUGCUAGAAAAAGAGGAAUAGAACGUGAAAUCAUCAAUUACCGGACUUUAUGAUUGUUAUCAGUACAAGAUUGCUUUUGCAGAACAAAAUUUAGUGGCUUUCUUAUCUAAAAAGUGUCAUUGAAUCUGUUUAAUCCAGAGAAAACAGAAGUGCUGUGUUUUGCAGGGACCACUUUUCUGUAGGGGCAACCUUGCUUUAUUCUACAUAUAGAAAAUAAUUAUUUCAUAGAAUGUACAAACCUGAAAUAUAUUUGCGUAUCUUUUAUCUCAACUGUGAGAAUAAAGAUAAAUAACUUCAGUCAGA